GUCCGGCGCGGUAGAGGCUCGUUCCAAGGUUGCUGCACAGAUGCUGAGGGCCAAGACUGAGGUGUGGCCAGGCUUGGCUCCCUGAGACCUUUCUCCUUGGGCAUCUUUACCCUGUAUCUUCAUGUGGUAUUUUCUCUGGAUUCUGGAACUAAACACGUGCAGCCACUGAGGGACAGCUGUCUAUGCAAUGCUCUCCGAGCUGUGUCUAGCAUAUACCACUGAGGCCGUUGCUACACCUGUCUGGCAGAUGGAGAGCUGAUGCUGUGAAGCCCCAAGUGGAGCCCAUACUCUCAGCCACAAUGCGGUGUCACUUCCAUUAAGAAUGGUGUGGCCCCAGAGGCUAUGCAGUCUGCAACCUGAGAGAACCAUCGUCUGACCUCUCUUAUUCUUGGCCAGAUUAUCAGCAGAAGCAGUACUCAUGGCUGGUCCUCUGUGGAGGGCUGCAGUCUUUAUACAGAGACACAGGACAGGCCUAUUGGUGGGUUCCUGUGCAGGCCUAUUCGGGGCUCAAAUCUCAUUUCACCUCUUUUCGGAUCCUAUACUCCAGUGGCUCUACCAGUACUGGCCGCAGGGCCAGCCGGCUCCCCUUUCCCCUCAGCUUCAAAGCCUCUUCCAAGAGGUGCUACAGGACAUGGGUGUCCCCUCAGGUCAUUUCUACAAGCCUUUCACCGCCUUUACUUUUCAGCCGGUGAGUGCUGGCUUCCCUAGAUUCCCUACUGGGGCUAUGGUGGGAAUCCCUGCCGUCUUCCUGGGGGACCCUGUGACCAACAUUGACCACACUGUGAUUAUACAUGGCCAAAGAGUGGAUUGGCAAAGCCCAGGAGGCACCAGGCUGAAAAAUUCCCUGACCCUAUCUCACGACGCCCAGAAGUUUGCCUUGGCCAAGGAGGUGGUAUACCUGGAGAGUAGUAUGGCUGCCCUACAGAGCCUGCCAGCCCCAGCUUGCCUAGCAGGAACCUGGGCAAUAACUGUGGGUACCAAGCAUGCCCUGGGGCUCUAUGGAGGCCCUAUGAGCUUGCGAGCUGCCUUCAACUUGGUGGCAAUAGUAGUGGGCUUUGUGGUCUACACCUUUUCCAAAGACUCCCUCCAUGUUGCCCUGGAAGGCUGGCUGGACCGCCGCACAGCCUCUCUGUCUGCAGCCUAUGCCCAGGGUGGAGUGGAAUUCUAUGAGAAGAUUCUGUCAGGCAACCUAGCCCUGCGCAGCCUUUUGGGCAGACAAGGAGAGAAGCUGUACACGCCAAGUGGAAACAUCGUCCCCAGACACUGGUUCCGCAUCAAACAUUUACCCUACACCACCCGCCGGGACUCUGUGCUGCAAAUGUGGAGGGCGACACUCAACCCGGGGCGCUCCUGAGAGCCCCAGCUACAGGGCACUCCUGGCUCACAGAGGCAUCACCUGUGGUGAAUUCUGGAGGAACUCUUGGCAUGGUUGCAUCCAUAGUAAGGUCAGAACAGUGACCAACCAGCUUUGGAGUUAAACAACUAAAUUGUGUCCUCAUCAUAAAUGGGCUCUGUGGCUGUGCGUGAGUGCCUGUGUGAUUCUGAGUCUUGUUUACCUCAACUGUAAAGUGGGAAGGGUUGAUUGUAGGGUGUCGUGAGGUUGUGAGCCCAAGGUCUUGGUAGAAAGCAACAUAAAUAAACAGGGCAUUCUUUGUUCUUGUUCUCUGAA